AUGACACGCAAGACACCACAACCGUAUCAGGGGACGGCACCAGGAAAGGAGACAUACACCUGGAGCCCUCAGAUAACUCAAGAUGCAAAACUCACAGGCCGAAACCAUUUCCGAACGCUCAUCGUCCUAUGCGCGUUGGCAUCCUGCUUGAUCGGCAGUCAGCUGCUCAGCUUUACAAGGUGCGCCGGAAACUGCAUUCUCGAACACGCAAACCCCAUCAUCUCCUCUACGCCGGUCGAGACAGCAGCACCGUUCGAGAAAGCCGACAACCCCUUGAAGUGGUACAUUGCCAUUGGCUUCGGCCAAAACCGCUGCGUGGGCUCCAUCUCUCCUUUCGCAUCGCCUCAGACGAAUCGGUCAGACCCCGCCGAGCUUCUUCAGCGCAUCGGGGACAAAUUCAAGCCUCGCGGUGACGGAAUAACCACGUUUGACAAACACUACACCAUCUCACUCAAGUUGUCGGAGGCGGAGGUGCAGAACCACCUCGAUACGGUGUGUACCUUGCUCAAGGUACCUGGAGCCCGUGGGUUCAUCAGCUACUGGCCAGGAGAGGGUGGAAGCCUCAAGUACUCGAACUACGUCGGUGCUUUUGACGACGACACGCUGGUGAUGAUCUCCAAGCUGUCCGGGGUCCUCGAGAUUCUUCCAACUUUGGCUUCGGCCGACAGGGAGAGCUGGGUGAAGGAGAUUGGGGCUGAUGUGGAGGAGGGCAAUGACCUAGGUCAGGCCAUUAGAGAGAAGUUCGGGCAUGCUGCAGCGUGGUUGCGGUCUUGA